AUGGCAGACUACGAAGAAGAUGGAAUGAAGAACGAGAGAUACGACGACUUCGAUGAGAAGUACGAGUUGAGCGACGAGGAACGGUUCAGCGAUGAAGAACCAUUAGAGACUGAAGAUGGAAAAACGAUUGUGAAGGGAGGAUUAGGCCCUGACGACGGAGAAGCUUAUUCCAACGGAAGCACUCUAAAAAAGACUAGAAACUUGGCGAUCCCAAAAGACCAACGAACAACAACCCCAUACAUGACGAAAUACGAAAGAGCUAGAAUAUUAGGUACCAGAGCAUUACAAAUAUCUAUGAACGCUCCAGUUCUUGUUGAUAUUGAAGGAGAAACCGAUCCAUUGCAGAUUGCUCUUAAAGAACUUUCACAAAGAAAGAUCCCGCUUAUCAUCAGAAGAUACUUGCCUGACGGCUCUUACGAAGAUUGGAGUGUCGACGAGCUGAUCAUCGAUCAAUAA